AUGCAAGAAGACCUAGAGAGAUAUCUCAGAGACACGAUUGCCGCUGUGGCACGCACAUUGCAACAGUCGUCAUAUGCGGGCUGGGUUGGUAUCGACGUUAUCUUUGACCACAAUGACCGGCCUCUGGUGGUGGAUCUGAAUGCUCGUAUAGCUGCGGGAAUUGGCAUUGUCCUUUUCUCCAAGCACGUUUUGUCCGUUGGACUUCCAUUUGCUCAGAUGCAGACGAUAUCAUUUCAUGGGCCCGCUUCAGAAAUCUACGAUGCGGUAUCAGCGGGGAUGGAGUCUGGACAGGUCAUUGUCACUCUUUCAGCGGAAGUCACAGAGACCGAGUCCGUUGCCUCAGUGGUGUUUGGCGCUGGUAAUCGAGAGGAUUUGAGUGUAGUGCGUGAUUGGAUUCGGGACCAGUUGUCAACCUGUAAUUAG